AGCAACAGCCUGUCGUUGCCAGUCGUCUAUCCUUCGCUGCAGCCGCCCCAACUGACGCAUCAUCAGCACCCCGCCAGCCCGGCCGAUCUUGACUUGGCCGAAUCUUCACCGCCGCCGCCGCCGCCGCCGCCACCGCCGCCGUCGCUGGCCGGCGAGAACGGACAGGAUCUAUCGGCCUCUGCCGGCCUGAGCCACUCGGCCGGCCUCCGCAACGCCGUCACGUCGAGCGCAUUUGCGGGACUCGAGCUCAAAAUGAACGCUCGCACUCUCGCCGACGAGCUCGAGUCGAGUCAUUCGUCUCGAAGGAGUCAGACAUCGGCACUCCACUUUCUCACGAUGCCAAACCUGCUGACACCUCCGCCAGCGCCGCCGCCACCACCACCUCCACCACCGCCAGCGCCACCUCCGGCGCCACUUCAAACGCCAACGUCAAAGCUGCCGCUAGGACCGACCUGUCGCCAACUAACAACUGGGCCUCAGAUCACCGCGGGGCCAGGCGGAGCGCCAACAUUUCGACCUCCGUUCUCGGUGCCCGUGGACGGUCAAGCCAUCAGCGUCACUGUGACAACAGCGGCUACCAAACGGAAACGCGGUCGGCCAGUCUACAUAUCCCCGGAAUUGGAUUCUGUAAGCAUGCAAUAA